AUGCACGAUCCGCUGACCAUCGAAACCGAUCUCGAGACUCAGUCGCUCCUCCUCGCCGCCGCAAACCACGACUUAGAAGCCCUCCGCAACCUCCUCCGCACCACCUCCGUAAAUGUGCAGGACCCGGACACGGGGUUUACCCCACUGCACGCCGCAAUUGCGGCUUGUGAGCAGGAGAAAGAGGACCCAGCUAUCGUUAUGAGCGAUGGGCAGAUUGACGGUCUCGAGAAUGGCCAUACGAGUGGAGAGCGUGCGGAAGCCAGUGAUGGGAGAAAGAAGGAGCUGGAGGCAGCUGCCCGGACCGUGGAGCUUCUGCUCCAGAACGGCGCCAUCUGGAAUGAUCUGGACAAGAACAACGAGACGCCGGGCUGCACAGCGCACCGACUGGGCCUGAAGGAAAUAUACGACAUGGUGGUAAAGGCGGGCGUGCGGGCGGAACUACUGCUCAACCGGCUGGACGAAUACCAGAUGCUCGGCGACGACGACGACGAGGCCGAAGAUGAAGACGACUUCGAGAUCCUAGACGACCCCCAAGACGCCUCGACCAUAGACAUCGAAGCCUCGGGCAUCAUCGUCGAACCACCAUCCGAAGACGCCCCAACAACCGCACACAUCCCGACAAACCCAGACGUCAACAGCGCAGGCUACCUCGCCUCCGACCUAACCUUCACCGCCGACCGCCUGCUCGACGCCGACAAGAACGGCGUCAUGAUGGCCUGGGAGACCGACAUCAUGCGCCGCACCGCCGACCGCCUCCUCCCGGCCCCCGGCCUGCGCAUCCUGAACAUCGGCCACGGCAUGGGCAUCAUCGACGGCAUCUUCCAGUCUAAGUCGCCAAGCGCACACCACAUCGUCGAGGCGCAUCCUGCGGUGCUCGAGCGCAUGCGCAAGGAGGGCUGGUACGACAAGCCGGGCGUUGUUGUGCAUGAGGGGAAGUGGCAGGAUGUUGUGCCGACGCUUGUACAAGAAGACACGAUGUUUGACGCUAUUUACUUUGAUACGUUUGCUGAAGACUACAAAGCGCUGAAGGAGUUCUUCAGCGAGUACGUCAUUGGGCUGCUCGAUCCGUCUGGUGGCAACGAGGGAGAGGGUGGGAGAUUUGGGUUCUUCAAUGGGUUGGGUGCUGAUCGGCAGGUUUGCUAUGAUGUUUACUCCGAGGUCGUGGAGAUCGACUUGAUGGAAGCCGGCUUGGAGACCGAAUGGGAAGAUGUCAAAGUACCCGACCUGGACGAAACUGGAGAAUGGGCUGGCGUCAGGAGGCGCUAUUGGGCCCUCGAAAACUACAGGCUCCCCACCUGCAAGUUCAUCGGAUGA